GUCGUGGCGACUCCCAAAAGCAAAACUAAAGAAAAAACCCAAGUCAGAAAGAAGUAGUUCAAGAGAAUACGAGGAGACUGAAGAAAAAAAACCUCCAAAUCAGAAUGAGAGGAUCGGAGAAAAUGAAAAAAAGGAUCUCUAUCGUCACCAAAAAGUCUCCACAAUCAACGCCACCACAAACACCUCCCAAUAACCAAUGCUCCAUCAUAGCAAACUCACAACUCAUGCACGAUCGCACUGAUCCCACGACACUGAUGGAGCCCACCGAUCUCUUGCCCAACAACCCCUCGCUGCCUUCGUGUUCUUUCUCCGGAGAGCCCUCCACCAAGAAACCAAACAUGCGCCGCUCUUUCUCCGUCCUCCACCGUGGCGUUUCCGGCCCGAGUCUGAACUCCGAGGAAAACGCCGCUCCUGAUUUAGUGGAUGAUUUGAGGGCAGGAACUGUUACUGUGGAUGAAAACUCUGUAUCCUUUUUGCAUGUCCGUGUGGAAGAAGCUACAAGGUUCUCCGGUACAAUGAUAAGCUCUACUACAAAUUAUUGUAACACUUUUUGAAGGAGAUGUUCUUUUAAUUCUGUGAUGGCAUUAGGGAAUUUAGUAUUUUAUUCAUGGAUAAAAUAUUUUAUUAUGUUUUUGGUUUCAGUUAUUGAAUUUGAUCUAUCAUAUUCUGUAUUUUAGUGUUAA